UGGAAACUGCUACAAUGAAUUUAUUACAAGGAUGUGUCGUGCAAAUAUGCCUGAGUCUUUUCAACAUACUUGAGGGUAGAGACAAAAUGAAGUAUGGAGGAUUCACGUCUUUCAUACUAAUUAUGCUGGUUGGUUUCUCAUCUUUAGGACAGAUUUUGGAAGACAGGAUAGCCAGAAUAAAAAUGACUCUAUGGGAAAGUGGAUGGGUGGAUAAGCCACUUUUUAUCAGAAAGAAAUUGUUCAUGAUGAUGGUUGGUGCUUCAGCUCGAAUUGAGUUAAGACCUUUCGGGCUGCAAGGUCUUAAUAUGCAGAGUUUUGCUAAGGGCCGGUUUCCGAGCUCGGAUUUAACCAAGCUCUAG